GAGAAAAGGGAAUUUCGUCCCAAAUAAAAGGAAUGAAGUCUGGCUCCGGAGGAGGGUCCCCGACCUCGCUGUGGGGGCUCGUGUUUCUCUCCGCCGCGCUCUCGCUCUGGCCGACGAGUGGAGAAAUUUGUGGGCCCGGCAUUGACAUCCGCAACGACUAUCAGCAGCUGAAACGCCUGGAAAACUGCACGGUGAUCGAGGGCUUCCUCCACAUCCUGCUCAUCUCCAAGGCCGAGGACUACCGAAGCUACCGCUUCCCCAAGCUCACGGUCAUCACCGAGUACUUGCUGCUGUUUCGAGUGGCCGGCCUCGAGAGCCUGGGAGACCUCUUCCCGAACCUCACGGUCAUCCGUGGCUGGAAACUCUUCUACAAUUACGCACUGGUCAUCUUCGAGAUGACCAAUCUCAAGGAUAUUGGGCUUUAUAAUCUGAGGAACAUUACUCGGGGGGCCAUCAGGAUUGAGAAAAACGCUGACCUCUGUUACCUCUCCACCAUAGACUGGUCUCUCAUCUUGGAUGCGGUGUCCAAUAACUACAUUGUGGGGAACAAGCCCCCAAAGGAAUGUGGGGACCUGUGUCCAGGGACCUUGGAGGAGAAGCCCAUGUGUGAGAAGACCACCAUCAACAAUGAGUACAACUAUCGCUGCUGGACCACAAAUCGCUGCCAGAAAAGUAAGACUGGGUGGGUGGGGAACAGACAGACUUCCACUUUCUGCUACAUCGUGUACAUGGUGACACAGCGCUUCUCCAGCCUGCUGAUCUGUGUCCUCCAGCUGCACAUGUCACCCGUGAAUCAUGUCCCAUGCCUUGAGGGUGAGCACGGCACCUACUUUGUGAAGGUCCGCUUUCCCCCAAGCAAAGAACAGUAUGCAGUGGUGGUCCUCAGCAAGCCCAAAGAUGGUGAGAUCACAAAAUGUGGUUCUGAUGUUUCCUUUGUCCCCUCUCAGCAUCACGACUGCUGA